UCAAAAUCUUCAUCACUGCUGGGCUGGAGGAAACUACAUUUUCACCCUCCUCAUUUUUGCCCCCCCUCUACCACCGCUAGCUUCAACACUGGGAAACUGUGCAGAUCUGAAACUUUAAUUUCUCUAGCAGAUGGAGAAUCACCGAUUUCACGAUGGAAAAAAUACCAGUUUAACAAAAGGUGUUACUAUUGUGAAACCUAUAGUUUAUGGAAAUGUUGCACGAUACUUUGGAAAGAAGAGAGAGGAAGAUGGACACACGCAUCAGUGGACCGUUUAUGUAAAGCCUUACAGAAAUGAGGAUAUGUCUGCUUAUGUGAAGAAAAUUCAAUUUAAAUUACAUGAAAGCUAUGGUAAUCCUUUAAGAGUUGUUACUAAACCACCAUAUGAAAUCACUGAAACAGGUUGGGGUGAAUUUGAAAUCAUCAUUAAAAUAUUUUUUAUUGAUCCCAAUGAAAGACCUGUAACUUUGUAUCAUUUGCUGAAGCUGUUUCAGUCUGACACCAAUGCAAUACUGGGAAAGAAAACUGUAGUUUCUGAGUUUUAUGAUGAGAUGAUAUUUCAAGAUCCUACUGCUAUGAUGCAGCAGCUCUUGACAACAUCUCGUCAGCUAACGCUGGGAGCUUAUAAGCAUGAAACAGAGUUUGCAGAUCUUGAAGUGAAAACCAGGGAAAAGCUGGAAGCUGCCAAAAAGAAAACCAGUUUUGAGAUUGCUGAGCUUAAAGAGAGAUUAAAAGCAAGCCGUGAGACUAUUAACUGUUUAAAGAGUGAAAUCAGGAAACUUGAAGAAGAUGACCAGUCCAAAGAUAUCUAACAAGUACCAAUUUGAUGGACUAAUGUAAAUAAAGGGACUUGGAUCAUGGAACAAAUGUUAAAAUAUUCCCUCAAAUCUCAUAGAGGGGACUACAUAGUUUCAUCCAUGAAUUUCAUUUAAAAAAAUUCUUGUGAGGCCAGAGUUGUAGGUGAAAACUGUCUAGUGUUUAAACUACAGAAAUAUGUGCAGUUUUUAUUUUUCUAUUAUUUUAAAGAGUGAUUCUUUGAGAUCAAACUUUUUUAAAAAUUGCAUUGAGUACUAUAUGGUAACUUUGUAAUAAAUCUCAGGUUACUGUGGUUUACCAAAUGUA